GCAGACCAACUCGCGUUGGCGAUGCGAUGCUCGCGCGCAUGCAGAGCACGGAAGUCGGAUGUUUGUGCGUGCCUUGGCGGAAGCCCUAUGCGAUGCCGUUGAGCUGACGAAAGUGAAGCGGUACGACACAAAAGAGGCGCGUGCCCAGGACCCAACCCACCAAGAUGGGCUCACCUUUGCCGACAUUCAGCAAAAAUAUCAGUUGUGCUCGCGGCAAACGAUCCAGCCGCUGGACUGGCGGUCCGUUCAUGAGACUCGCUUUGCUGAAAUAACCGAACUAUAUGCCGAUGGUCGUGGCUCCCUUCUGGCUGAGGCAUUGUGUUGUUUGCAGGCCAGCAUACAGCAACUCUGCGAGAACGUGGUGCUCUACGACCGUUUGUGUUACCUCAGGGAAGUGGCUGCAGCGCAGCAGUUGCGCCUGGAGGUGCGCUACGAAAAACUGUUUGAUGAGAAAGUAUCGCCGCGUUGUCGUGUCCUGAUUGCCGAAAAGUUGUGAUGCGGGCGGGCCCAAGAAACGCUCGUGUGGUGGAUCCGGAUGACAUUGUUGCCCGUGCCGCUUAAUGCAAUUAGCAAGCACUUCGCCACUAGCUUAAAAUGCUGUUUAGACUUUAUGCUGGGCUUGGCGUGUGGACUCCACUCCGUGCGGGAACUCAGCCGUAUACCGCUAUCCGUUGCCAUCAAUUAA